GUGGCCUGGCUCUUUCUUUAAAGGCUGUUCCGGGGUGCGUGGCCGCUGCCGAAACUGGACGUCCGUAUUGCAAUUUCUUUUAAGGAUGUACAUGGUUCAGUAAGAAGGAAAUAUGACUGAAUGGCAAAGGAAGUCUCCUUUGGAAUGGCUGGCUUUUGUGGAUAAAGAAGUCAAAGUACAGGCUGCUGAGAAACACCAGUACAAAGGAUGGGUUUUAACGGUUGACCCAGUUUCUGCCAACAUUCUUCUGGCAAAUCCCCUUGAGAAUGGGAAAGUGUCUGUUUUAGUUGUUUUAGGACAUGCUGUGCAGGAUAUUGAAAUAGUGACUGAAAGAGAUGAUGAAAUUAAAGAAAAACUUGGACACCUCUUCAUCGCUGGAAAAAGCCAAACUUAUAAUCAAGAAGAACUGGACAGAAAGAAAAACUGCUUGAAGAAUUGGCUGGAGAAAAACCACAUCCCUGUAAGAGAACAAGGAGAGCCACAAACACAACUGUGUGUGGCAGGUGUAUUAACCAUUGAUCCCCCAUAUGGACCAGAAGAUUGCAAUAGUUCUAAUGAAAUAAUUUUGUGUAGAGUUCAAGGAUUGAUUCAAAGUUAUCUUGCACUUCAGCAGGGAGGUAUAUAGAUCUAAUUACACUUAAAAGAUAUGGUAGUUUUAUAAAAAGUAGGCAUGUUUAAUGGUUGAUGGUCAUAGUCAGCCAGCGUUUCCAAAUUACAUAUUGUUUUGUGUACAAAUAGCAAUUGUAGCAGUUGUGCUAGUUGUAUUUUCAUAUGAAAAUAAUUUGACUUUUUCCCCCCACUGAGUUCUUGGAAAGUUGCUUUGUAUAAAUAAAAUAAAGUAAAAGAAAAUG